AUGCGGAGCCAAAUAACUUCUUUUCCACGCUCCCCUCAAAUUUUGUAGAGCGCACGCCACUUUUCUGGGUUUAAUCAAAACCCUAGCCCCUCCCUCCUCCUCCCUCACGGCGCGCGCGAGAACCCCCUCCCAAGGAGAUCGACCGAGCGCCAUGGACGACCUCGACCUCGACCUCGACCUCGACCUUGACGGCGCCUCCCACCGCCCCGCAGCCUCCUCCUCCCGCUUCCGCCCCAAGCUCAAGGGCAAGGCCCCCAAGCAAGAGCCCUCCGACCCCCCGAACCCUCCUCCUCCUCCUCCUCAGGCUCCCACGGCGAAACCCGACCCCGAAAUCCCCCUCUCCGCCGCGCCCGCCGCUCCCCCAGCGGCGGAGAGCACCAGCGCCGCGAUGGACCUGGACGUCGGCGGCGGCGGCGACGACGACGGAGAGGAUUCGGUAGUGCGGGAGAUUGAGGUAUUCCUCACCCGGGGACCCCUCAACGAUGACGCUAGGCUCUACGUCAUGCAGUAUCCGCUUAGGCCAUCUUGGCGUCCAUAUGAAUUGGAUGAAAGAUGUGUAGAGGUGCGGGUGCAACCUAAAGAACCGAAAAUUGAAGUUGACUUGAGUAUUGACGAAAACAGUGAAAACUAUGAUCGAGAGGUGCCUGAACAUUUGAGAAUAAAAAAGCAGACGCUAUCAUCAUCGACUGUACCUCAAGUAACAAGCUAUGCCAUUGGGCUGAGAAAAAGUAACCAAAUUUUCUUGAACUCAAUCGAUGCUAUAGUGCAACUUCGGCCAUCAAUGGUGCAUUUAGAUGCUGAGCCACAAAAGAGAAAGCACGGCACUCAGAACAUAGAGGGGAAAAUGGUAUCGGAGAAUUCAAAUGAAAAAGUGGAAGAUACUGAGGUUUGGAUUUCCCUUGACUACCAGAGAGUGGGUAGCAUUUCUUCUGAGUCGUACCUCCAAAAGAUGGCUGCAAGUGAGAAUAGGCCUAUAGAAUUUUCAAUGAAGCAAUCUGACUAUGUCACCUCAUUGUGCCCUAUGACAUCAAGUGACAGCAAGAAAGCUUCAAGGCCCCCUUUGAGUAGAGAAGUCAAACAGGCCAUUCUGGGAAGAUUCUGUGAAACUCAUACAUGUGCAGCUCUUAGGCCAAAAAGGACUAAAGUUCCGAAGUGGAAGCAUUGGGAGUUCUUGGCACUUUCUUUGGAAGAACGGCUCAGAAAAUGGCUUAUUGAGGUUUCCCAAGUUAACCGGUUUGACGCUCUCAUGCAUCUUGCUCCAACCAACUCAAUUCGUGAAGUUUUAGAGUUGCUUCAGCGUCACGCAUAUUUGGUGCGCGGGUUAUGGGUUUGCAAAAGCUCCUUGCUAUAUAACGGUGCCGAAGUUGAUGCUAGAGAUUACAUACUUUAUCUUUUUACCAAGAAUCAGUCUGUUCAACCAGUUCAGUUGAAGCAAUUAAGAGUAAAAAGGGAGUCUAUUGCAAGUAUAAUGACACCCUUGGCUAUUCAAAGAUUGGAUUUCAAGGACUGGAAAUUCAAAGAGCCUGUGGAUUCAUCCUUUUCAAAGCGAUAUCCUGAAAUUGUCAAGGAACAAGAAAAUGCUUGGUCUAUUCGUGUGAAGAAUAUUUCGGAUUCUUUAGAACUACAUAAAGUUCCUACACAUUUUACCUUGAAAACAAAGAGUUCUCCAAACCCAAAUGUCUCCAAGAGUUUAACUUCAAGUAAAGUUGAACCUAUCUCAAGUAGAGAUGGCAUUGCAAGGCCAGGGGGCAACACCAUGUCAGCUGAAACUAAAAAGUUUCUUCAUGAAGCUUUGGAAAAACUUUUCAGUGACCGGCAAGUUCGCAGUCUAAACUCUAUUGUCCGCGACUUGCGAGAAUUUGCAAAGCGCCGAUCUGCUCUCCCUAAGGACAAAAGUCGAAACCUCAUUAAUGCUGCAACAAGUGGUGCCUCCGCCCCUUCAGCUGAGCUUCACUCGGUUGUUACUGAAGUUGCUGUUCAAAUGCAUGGUGUGUAUAUCAUGAAGUCUUCAGAGAAAAAGUCAUUGAGAAAUGUAUUCCUUGUGCUUUUUCGUGAUAAAGGACCUGAACUGAGAAAGGAGGAUAUCCUUCAACAAGCUUCGCGUGUUCUCAGUAGAAAGGUCACUGAGAAAGAGUAUAGUCAGGUUGUAGAUGACAUUUGCGAUGAAACGGAAAAUGGGUUUUUGGUGCUCAAAAGUGGUGAUUAGAACCAUGGCACUGUUAUCACUCACAACUUUGUACUGCUGUAAAUUCCCAAGUGUUCUUCGAGAUCCUAAUAGCGCAAGAGAUUAGUACAUAAUUCUUCCUUUGGGAAAAAUCGGCGCUUUUUGUUUUUGGGAGGAAGGAUUACAGUAUAUUUUCAGUUUCCAGAUUUUCAAUUUCUGGAAAAUAUGAAAUGGUGAAGAGUCCUAACCACGGAUUAGUGGUACUUAUGCAAUUGUAUAAAGGAAGAUGCGGUGUUCCGAAUUUUGUCGAAGUUGCACUAAUUUUACUUUGCAAGUAUUUGAAUUUGAAGCGAUAUGAAGUGGUAUCUUAUUUUUAUCAGAGCAGUGUUUUUCAUA